AUGAGUUCAAUCGAAACAACUCCUUCAUUGGAUUUGAAUGAAAUCCUAAGAGAUAAUAAUGGAGAUGAAAUAGAAUUUCAAUCUAAUCAAAGUAAAUAUUUCACCAAGACUGAAAAACAACAAGUAGACAUUGAAAAGACAAGUAAUAGAUUCAAGUAUUUAUUAGGUCUCACUGGUUUAUUCCGUCAUUUCAUUGAAGCAAAAGCGAAUAAAGAUCCGUUAUUUAGAAAGAUUGUUGAUGAUAUUCAUGAUUCAGAAAUUAAACAUCAACAAGCAAAACUUGCAUCUGCAAGAAGAAGAAAGACAGAAAAGGAAGAAGAUAUGGAAUUGCUUAAUGAUGAAAGAUCAACUAGUUCAAUUUUGGAAUUUGUUGAAUCUCCAGGAUAUGUUCAUAAUGGGAAAUUAAGACCUUAUCAAAUUCAAGGUUUAAAUUGGUUAAUUUCAUUAUAUGAAAAUAAUUUAUCAGGUAUUUUAGCUGAUGAAAUGGGUUUAGGUAAAACAUUACAAACAAUUUCAUUUUUAGGAUAUCUUAGAUUUAUAAGAAAAAUUAAUGGACCUCAUAUUGUUAUAACUCCAAAAUCAACUUUAGAUAACUGGGCAAGAGAAUUUAAUAGAUGGAUUCCAGAUAUAAAAGUCCUUGUAUUACAAGGGGAUAAAGAUGAAAGAGCUAAUUUGAUUAAAAAUAGAGUAAUGACUUGUGAUUUCGAUGUUAUUAUUGCCUCGUAUGAAAUUGUCAUUAGAGAAAAAUCAACAUUCAAGAAAUUUGAUUGGGAAUAUAUUAUAAUUGAUGAAGCUCAUCGUAUUAAGAAUGAAGAAUCUUUGUUAUCACAAAUUAUUAGAAUGUUUCAUUCAAAAAAUCGAUUAUUAAUUACUGGUACUCCUUUACAAAAUAAUUUACGUGAAUUAUGGGCUUUAUUGAAUUUCAUAUUGCCUGAUGUUUUUGCUGAUACUGAAUCAUUUGAUGAAUGGUUUCAUAAUAAAGAUAGUACUGAAUCAGAAGAAAAAGUCGUAACUCAAUUACAUAAAGUUUUAAAACCUUUCUUAUUAAGAAGAAUUAAGGCAGAUGUUGAAAAAUCAUUAUUACCUAAAAAGGAACUUAAUAUUUAUGUUAAAAUGAGUGAUAUGCAAAAACAAUGGUAUCAAAAGAUUUUAGAAAAAGAUAUUGAUGCAGUUAAUGGAGCUAAUGGUAAAAAGGAAUCCAAAACAAGAUUAUUAAACAUUGUAAUGCAAUUAAGAAAAUGUUGUAAUCAUCCAUAUCUUUUCGAAGGGGCGGAACCAGGACCUCCAUAUACAACUGAUGAACAUUUAGUGUUUAAUUCCCAAAAAAUGGUUAUCUUGGAUAAAUUAUUAAAAAAAUUUCAAGCUGAAGGUUCUCGAGUAUUAAUUUUUUCACAAAUGAGUAGAAUGUUGGAUAUUUUAGAAGAUUAUUGUUUUUUCCGAGAUUAUCAAUAUUGUAGAAUUGAUGGACAAACUGAACAUACUGAUAGAAUUAAUGCAAUUGAUGAAUAUAAUCGACCAGGAAGUGAAAAGUUUGUAUUUUUAUUGACAACCAGAGCUGGGGGUUUAGGUAUUAAUUUAACCACGGCUGAUGUUGUUAUUUUAUUUGAUUCUGAUUGGAAUCCUCAAGCUGAUUUACAAGCCAUGGAUCGUGCUCAUAGAAUUGGACAAACUAAACAAGUUAAAGUAUUUAGAUUUGUUACUGAAAAUGCAAUUGAAGAAAAAGUUUUAGAAAGAGCCACUCAGAAAUUAAGAUUGGAUCAAUUGGUUAUUCAACAAGGGAGAAAUACUGCCGGAUUGGAUGGACAACAAAGUAGUAAAGCGGCAUCUAAGAAUGAAUUAUUGGAUAUGAUUCAAUUUGGUGCUGCUGAUAUGUUUAAGAAAGAUGGAACUGAAGAAAAAGAUGAUACUAUUGAUAUUGAAGAUCUUUUGAAACGUUCAGAAGCUAAAUCUCAAGAAUUAGCUCAAAAAUAUGCUGGUUUAAAUUUAAAUGCAUUACAAAAUUUCACUAAUGAUGAGUCAGUAUAUGAAUGGAAUGGAGAAAAUUUCAAAAAGAAAGAACCUACAGCAAUUACCAAUAUUGGUCAUGCUUGGAUUAAUCCGGGGAAACGUGAACGUAAAGAAAAUUAUUCAAUUGAUAUGUAUUAUAAAGAUGUUUUAAAUACUGGUGGUAGAACUGCCAAUUCAAAUGCUAGUAAGUCUGGUCCAAGACCUCCAAAACAAUUAAAUCUUUAUGAUCAUCAAUUCUAUCCUGCAAAAGUACUUGAAUUACAUGAAUUAGAAAAGAAUUAUUAUAAGAAACAAAUUCAUUAUAAAGUUCCAUUAAAAGCGGGUGAUUCAGCUAGUUUAAAACAACGAGAAUUGGAACAAAAAUUAGAACAACAAGAAAUUGAUAAUUCACGUCCAUUAACUGAUGAAGAAAAAGAAUUGAAGGAGGAAUUAUUACAACAAGGAUAUAGUAAUUGGAAUCGACGUGAUUUUAUUCAUUUUAUUCUGGUUUGUUCAAAAUAUGGUCGGAAUUCAAUUUCAUUAAUUGCUCAAGAAUUUGAAGAUAAAUCAGAAGAUGAAGUUCGAGAAUAUGCUCAAGCUUUUUGGAAAAAUUAUGAAGAAAUUGAAGGUCAUGAAAGAUAUAUUAAUCAAAUUGAAUUAGGUGAAGAAAAGAUCCUAAAAUUAAAAUUACAAAAAGAAGCCUUGAGAAGAAAAUUAUCUCAAUAUAAAUAUCCAUUACAAGAAUUAGUAUUAAAAUAUCCUCCUGCUUCUACUAAUAAACGAGUAUUCAGUGAUGAAGAAGAUCGAUUCUUAAUGGUUCAAUUAUAUCGAUUUGGAUUAGAUCUGCCUGAUUUAUAUGAAAGGAUUAAAUUGGCUAUUCGACAAUCACCAUUAUUUCAAUUUGAUUUCUUUUUCCAAAGUAGAAAUUCAAGUGAAUUAUCAAGAAGAUGUACUACAUUAUUAGGAUGUAUACUUAAAGAAGUUCAUCCUGAUUUACAAAAUGGGACAAAUACUCCAAGUGGGAAGAGAUCUAAAGAAGCAACUCCAGAAGUUAAAUCUAAGAAACCAAGAAAGAAAUAA